GUUUGUAAGAUGGCUCCUGAAAAUUUGAUUGGAGUACCCUAGACGGGAAAACAGGAGAAUUAUAUCAUGUCCCGCUUGGCUGACUACUUCAUGGUCGUAGGUUUUGACCAUGAAAAAGAAAGGAGUGGGGCAAGCUUUGGAAGAAUUCUUCAACAAUUCCCCGAGAAAGAUUGGGAUGACUGUCCACAUACGCAAGGCAUAGAACUGUUCUGCCAGCCCGGAGGAUGGGCCCUUUCAACCAAGCGGAUGCAGCCAACUUACUUCGUGUCGGUCUUAACGGACAUCGAGGCCGACCGCCAUUACUGCGCCUGUCUCACUUUCAACGAACUGGUUGCCAGGACGCCGAAGAAACAAGAUGAAGAAAGUGAAGAUCCGAAUGCGCCGGUUCAACACUCGUUGUUGUACGCACCAAAAACACUGGUGCUUAUUUCACGAUUGGAUUAUUUUGAAACAUUUAGGAAUUGUUUGGGAUUAAUCUACACAGUGUAUAUAGAGAAUCUUCCGUAUCAACUAGAAACGCUUAUAGGAAAUAUUUUAGGAUGUAUACAAGUGCCACCCCCGGGUGGUCCACAAGUGCGGUUUUCUAUAGGUGCUGGAGACAGGCAAGCUCUGCAGCCUCCACUAAGCUCAAGCAUUCCCUCUACUGGUACUUCAGUAGCACAGCUUUUUCUACAAAUAGGUAUUCGCAACACAAUCUCACUGUUCGCUGCCGUUCUCACAGACUACAAGAUCUUGUUCCUGUCGCAGAGCUAUUCGAGGUUGACGGACGCUUGCCAAGCCCUCACGUCACUCAUGUACCCGUUACGUUAUAGUUAUGUGUAUAUACCCAUUUUGCCAUCUAGUCUCGUCGAGGUCCUGAACACGCCAACACCGUUCCUGGCUGGGGUACAUUCGUCACUUCGGGAGGAGGUCUUCGAUUUGGUCGGUCAUCUUGAUGUGAUAAUAGUGGAUCUGGACGGAGGCAGUAUUAGGGUACCCGAAUGCAUUUCUCUGCCUCCAGUACUGGAACCGCUCUACACCAAGACGGUGCAGCUGUUGAUAAAGAUUCUGAAUCCAGACCUUUUGAUAGCAGACUGUGCAUUUCCUCCUCAACUCUCCAGGACAUCAGGCUUGGUCAUGAUGGACAAGGAGAUUCGAGCUGUGUUCAUUCGGUUCUUCGCUGAGCUCUUCACUGGUUAUAGAUCUUGCCUCACCAUCAUAAGAAUACACCCAGAACCUUUCAUAACAUUUCACAAGGCCAAUUUCUUAGGACGCCGUGCAAUGAUAGAAGACGACUUUCUCACCAAAGUGUUAGAAAGUACGGCAUUUAGCGCAUUUGUGGCGGAGAGGGGACCCCCGUACCGAAUAUGUGAUAUCUUCGACGAGGUGUAUGCAACCCUUGUCGAUAUGCAAAAAGAGGAAGCACUCUCUGGUGACAGAGAUCUCGAAAACGUGAAGGAACUAGCUAGCCAACUUUAUAUUCAUGAAUUUCCAAAUCCUCAAGUGUAUAUACAGAAGAUCCCCAAACCGACCGAAGGUGCUUAUUCGCGGAUACACCAGCCCAUCUUCCCGAUACUAGACAGGGUCCACGUGCAGGAAAUCAUCGACGAGGGUCUAGCAAAGUCCAGCAUCAAGUCCAAAACCUCGAAAACAUGGGGAUUAGCGCAGAUUCGCCCUCAGCAGCCCCGGAUAGUCCCGAUGGGCGUCAACAUUAAUCAGUUGGAGGACAGGAAGAUAGCUCUCAACCUGAACACGCGGCGACUGGAGGUCCUAAGGAAUUGUGUCAAUUUCAUAUUCGACAACAAGAUUUCUGAUGCGAGGAAGAUCUUCCCUGCAGUUCUUCGAGCCUUGAAGAGCAAGGUGGCGCGAUUAGCUCUAGUCCAAGAGUUCAGUUACCACGUGACGCAGAAUCGAGCCAUGUUGGAACAUCAGCAGUUUGAUCUGGUCGUCCGGCUGCUUAAUUGUGCUCUUCAGUUUCCAGAAUUUAAUAGGAAUGACUCGACAAUGGACGAGCAUGGAGUAGCAGCUGCUAUCCUACCCCUGGCCACAGCAUUCUGUCGGAAACUGUGCACCGGAGUGAUCCAGUUUGCCUACACGUGCGUCCAGGAGCACGCCGUCUGGUCAAAUUUGCAGUUCUGGGACGCGACGUUCUACCAGGACGUUCAGAAAGAGAUUAAGAAGCUCUACCUACCUCAGUACGAAGAUCAAGUAGCUGGUCCCGGUGAAUCGUCGCUUAGUCCCGCAAGUCCCAGAGAGGAGGAGGAGGAGUGGGCCGGGCUGACCGAAGGUAGUUGGUGGAAGCUGGUGACCAAACACGGCACUAAUACCUUCCCUCCGCUCACCCGGGCUCGAAAAGACCCCGCACCGUCACUCAAGGCAUCGAAGCUUGGAAAAAGCGAUGACAAGUUUCACAAUUCAAGAUUACGUCGUCCAUUGAGUGUUAAAAUGCAAGAUGGCGGUCAAGAUGGUGUCGGAUCAUGGCAGCAUCCAUGGGCGGCCAUGCUAGAGAGUCGUGAUUUAUCGAGAGAGUCAUGGAAAGCAGGGUCAACGCCAGAUUCGCAGCGACGGUCCUUUACGUCGGGAUCAUUUAAACCAAAGGAAAUCAGCGCGCUGGAAAUCGCAGCAGAACAGUUGCGUCUAUGGCCAACGCUGACCAAGGAACAGCAGCAGGAGAUGAUCAACAAUGAGGAAUCAAUCGUGUACAGUCAGGCCAUCCACUAUAGCAAUCGGAUGGUCUACCUACGUGUACCCCUUGAUGCUAGUCGUAGUCUUAAGAGCUCCAUCAGUCUGGAGGGCGAGGAGAGCAAGAGCAAUAGCAAUGUAACAAACAGUGUGGCAGAAAGCGAUAGCUUCGAUGCCGAGAGCGGGUUCGAUGAACAAGAGGUGAACGAUGUUGGUGCUAACGUGGUACGGUGGGUGACACGCUUCGACGACAAGGUGUGCGCGGAGAGCGGCGUCACGCAAGAUCAUUUAAAAGCGCUCCACCAGAUGAUACCUGGUGUGGUGGCGAUGCACUUAGAGACGCUGGAAGCUGUUCACAGGGAAAGUAAACGACUCCCACCCAUACAGAAGCCCAAGAUUCUCACGCCAAACCUCCUGGCUGGUGAAGAGAUCAUCAUGGACGGUCUGCGGGUUUACCUCAUCCCAGACGGCAGGGAGGAGGGGACCGGGGGCAACCUGGGUGGUCCUGCACUCAUCCCGGCCGAGGGCGCGAUAUUCCUGACCACGUACAGGAUAGUAUUCCGGGGGACGCCCUGUGAUCCACUAGUGUGUGAGCAGAUCGUGUGUCGGAGUAUACCGAUAUCAACAAUUACCAAGGAGAAGAAGAUCAGUAUACAGUACAUGUCCCAUAUAGACCAGUGGUUGCAGGAGGGACUGCAGCUACGCUCAAAUACAUUCCAGUUGCUGAAGAUUGCCUUCGACGACGAGGUCAAUUCAGAUGAUAUUGAAAUGUUACGGAAACUGGUGAACAAGGUGCGGAACCCGCCAUCGGUGUUCAGUACGUUCGCGUUCACUGGUCAACAGAUUCUGCCCCAACCCACGCAGCACAAGGGCAAGGAGAAGAACGCUUCCCUCAAAGGUUUCGCCAAGCGCACACUGAUGAAGACCGCGCGGAAGGCGGGCAUAAAAACCAAGCAGUCAUCUCACAAGAAGUACAUGUUACCGUCGCCAUCGAUGCUGCGCAAGUCCAUGACAUCUAGUCGAUCCUCGGAGAGUGAUAUUGACAGCCGACGAUCAAGUAUAGCAUUUGAAGACGACCUUUCUAGUAAGUCAUUAAUCGAUGAAAAGGAGCUCUCCUUCUUCAUGGCGACGGAUCCGAAGAGCAUAGAUAAGUUAUUAGAGCGACCAGGGUACAGGGACUAUCAGCGGUUAGGGUUCAGUACCGUGCGACAGGGAUGUCGGCCCGGAGCAGAGGCAUUCAGAAUCAGCACAGUCAAUUGUAACUUCUCGGUGUGUCGGAGUUAUCCAGCCCUUCUGGUUGUCCCUCAGACGAUAGCUGACGAGAGUAUACGAAAAUUCGCAAGAAGUCACCGACAAUACAGGUUUCCAGUGGUGACUUGGCGGCAUGCCCGCACCAAGGCGGUGUUGCUACGGGCCAGCGGCUUCCACGGGAAGGGGGUCAUGGGCAUGUUGAAACACCACUCGCACCAUAACGUGCCGUCAGGUAGGAGAGACGCCACCAUGACCACAGCCACAUUCAAACGGAGUCCAAGAUUAGGAAGUAUCAGUGGCGAGACGUCGACAAGCGUCGAACAGGAAAAAUACUUCUCAGCGCUAGUCACGGCGACACCAUCGGCCAAUCAGAAGCACGCCGCGUCCUCGGUCAGCGACUCGCUAACGAGUUUGGACUCGUUGAUCUUCUCCGCAGGUACGGCUGACACGUUGACAGUGCCGUUGCCGGAGACCCCCACGUCUUCGCGGCGGAAUCCCUUCUCGCGGGCGGUGCACAGUCUUAGGGGUAGUGGAGGAAAAGCGAAAUUACCUCUUGGCGGCACAUUGCCUGAGCAUGCUGAAGUUGGGAACGGUGGCUUUUUGAGUCCGCAGCCCGUCCGAAGGGAAGGAAGCUUUAACUCUUCGCUCAGAUACAGCAUAGGAAAGGCUCGGCGCUCCAUGUCGAAUAUCCUUGAGGCACUUGGGCGGAUGGGCAGCUAUCGUGAUCGGCCCAAGUUAUCGACGGGCACCUUAGACAUGGGCAUGAAGAUGGGCGGACGGGCAAACGGGAACAUUGAAACUGCUGACUUCUUAGAAGGAGCCGUGCAGGGCUUGCACAGAGCUGCCCUCUAUGUCCUAGGAGAGAAAACGCAGGUCAAGGGCAUCAAGAUCGAGGCCUUCCCAAAAUGCGAUUUCAUCCCAGUCGACUUCAACGAAGUUCGCCACGUCAAAGCCAGUUUCAAGAAGUUGAUGCGGGCGUGUGUGCCGAGCGCGUCCUCUUCAGACCAGGACUACAGCUUCCUCAAAGCCGUGGAAGAAUCCCUUUGGCUGCCGCAGUUGCAGAAUAUCCUCCAGUUGGCGGGAGUAGUCGUGGACCUGAUUGACGUUCAGGGGUCGUCGGUGAUGGUGUGCAUUGAGGAUGGGUGGGAUAUAACCACGCAGGUGAUAACAGUGGCCCAACUCCUGCUCGAUCCGUUCUACCGGACGAUCGAAGGCUUCAAGGUGCUGAUCGAGAAGGAGUGGCUGUCGUUCGGUCACCGGUUCACCCAUCGCAGCAACCAGACAGCGGCCAACCAGGCCUCGGGAUUUGCGCCAGUCUUUCUGCAGUUUCUUGACGCAGUCCACCAGGUUCAUUGCCAGUUCCCUCUCUCUUUCGAGUUCAACCAGUUCUUCCUGAAGUUCCUUGCCUACCACUACGUCUCGAAUCGUUUCCGCACGUUCAUGUUGGACAACGAGUACGAACGAAUGGAAGCGGGUUGGCUGUUCCACAAGGACGACAAGCCCGACGGAUUGGAGUCCGCAACCACGAAGGUUCUUGGGAUGUCGAUAUGGGACUACAUUGAUAAGUACCACAAGAAGUCGCCGGUUUUCUCGAACUUCAUGUUCUCCCCCCAGGAUCAGGAAAUGGUUCUGCGGCCAUAUUCCAACAUCUCAAAUCUAAAGAUCUGGGACUAUUACAUCAUAGAAGAUCUGGCCCAUGGGCCGCCGUACGAGUUCGAGGUGAUCGCCAAGGAACUGAAGCGCGAGGAGGAACAGGAACUCAUCGACGGGCCGAUGUUGCCCACGUCGAGGAAGAUCGUCAACGGGUGUUACGACAAUGUCAGCAAGAGUCUUCCAGACGCAUGUACAUAUGGAUUGCUGGAAAUUCAUCGCCUCUCCAUCGAGUUGGACCGCCUGCCGCAAAAGUGGCACGCCAUCUGGGAGAAGCUCGAGCACCCCCGACACGAGGCUGUACAUCGGCAAGUCUCGCUCAACACGCAACUGGUGCGAUCGCACGGUCGCUCCAUACACAAACGGUCGACAAUCGAGAUUCUGGUUAAGGGUAAAAUGGUUGGCGAGGCAGCAAAGAUGUUUAGCCAACCGCACAAGUUUGAGAAGUAUACGUACACGACGCCAGCAUACUGUGAUUAUUGUUCUCAUAUACUCUGGGGACUGGCCAAAACAGGAAUGCGAUGCAUAGAGUGCUCCUAUAACUGCCACGAGAAGUGCCAGGCGCACGUUCCCAAGAACUGCUGCAAGACGCGGUCCGUCGUCGACACUAGGGCAAGCUCGACAAACAUUUCUCAGAUGGGCGAUGGUGCUUCAGUCAGGUCGAGUAAAUCAACUGUGGUGGAAGAUAGUUCUCCGAUAUUCGACCACUUUUCCUCCGGGGUGCAGGAACACCGCAGUUACGAAGGGUACCUCUACAAGAGGGGUGCGUUACUGAAGGGAUGGAAACAGAGGUGGUUCGUUCUCGACUCGGUCAAACACCAGCUGCGCUACUACGACAGUCACGAAGACAUCCACUGUAAGGGCUUCAUCGAUCUCCAGGAGGUAAUCUCGGCAUCGCCGAUCAAGAAUGUACAGGGUGCUCCCAAGAAGGCCGAUGAAAACGCCUUCUUCGAGGUGGGUACUUGUAGACUACAUUACUCAAUGAGGACGUUGAAGCGAUUCUACAACUUUCUUGCCACGGAUGCUUCGAAAGCGCAGAGUUGGAUCGAGAAGAUCCAGAACUGCAUCCAGUGAGCAGACGUCUGAAAUUGCGGACGAACUUGGACCACAGUUCGGCUUGUGUUCAUCUUUGCAGUGGUUAAAGGACCACCUGUAUUUAGCCUCUGAAACUGUUUCAUCAUCAAAAAGUGCUGCAUUGGUCAUCGUUGAAGUGGUUAAAGGAUCAGUGGUGCGAUCUUGGAAACUGCUCGCAAUGGUUAAAGGAUCACCGGUGCAAUCUCAGAAACUGCUUUCACUGGUUAAAGGAUCAUCAGUGAAUGUUUUACGUAGCAUCAACAUUGAAAUAUUUGCGUUGGUCAUCAUUGCAGUGGUUAAAGGAUCACCGGUGCAAUCUCAUAAACUGUUUGCGUUUGGUUAAAGGAUCAUCAGUGCAUUUUAAGAAAUGUUUUGCACCACCAAAAUGUUAUCUCAAAAGUCAAUUUGCCAUGUUGAAAACACUUCGAUGAUAUGUGUCAUCUUUAGUGAGUCACUGUCAUGGAUAUCGGAUGGUUAAGUUUUUAAUUGGCGUAGCUUGAUAAUAGCGAGUUUCCGCAAAUCUCACGAAUUACAAAUUAUGAAUUGCUAUUUAUCCGAGAAAGAGACUGCAAUCAUUGGGUUGCCCUUAGAAGGGUCCAAAGUUCUCUCUCCAAUCCACUGUAAUUUCUUAGUUGCAGCGAGUUUUGAAUUCGUGGUGAUGAACUGGCCAAUUCGUAACGAAUUAGUCUACAUUGUCACAGCGUCCGUUUUUUCAAUAAGACCGGAACUGGACGAAAGACUAACUUCGAAUACAUAACACCUGGUACAGUUGACUGCAAAAUGGAACGCAAUUUCCUUUGUAAUCGUAAGUUCGUAAUUCAUAUUCGUGAGAUUUGUGGAAACUUAGUAAUAUCUGAAAGUGUAAGUUUGAUCUUUUUCUCAUGUGCGGAGAUCAAGUUAUGAAGUGAAUGAGUUGGUUUCGGUGUGAACAGGCAGGCAGAAAAUGGUCAGGGUGCAGCUAAGAGACAUAAUAUUUUUUAGGAAACGUAACUGACUUGUUGAAGUAUGAAUGAACUACCCAUGCCGGUCUUGGUAUCAAGUCCGAUCACGGUAUCUGGUCACAACUAUCAGGUACAAUAGAGAACUUUAGAUGGGUGCAGAGUCGGAGAACUACUGCGAGAAAUUUGGACAGCUUCGUCUCGCGAUUGUUUACUGUAUAAACAUCAAACCUGGUCAUGUUUUCCCUCUUGGGGGUUUUGGAAUAAUUUUCUGAGCAUCUUAUCCGACUUCUAGUUGUAGUCGAGACUCAGUAUGUCUGUGAACCUCUCUUACACGCAAACAAGUGAUUUUUGUUGCUGCGACGUGCGAUGUGCGACAAAAAGAUCUCUCAUCUGCAGGUAAAACUGGUCAUCGCUGGUUUGAUAUUUAUUGCAAGUCGCUGCGAUCGCCGCUUUUUGUCGCAAGUGCCUGUGUCACCACGGCAGACAAGCGGAGCAUGAGUUGGAGAAUUUCAAUUGAAUUUUGGAUGGAAUCGAGGAAUAUUUGUGUUUUUGGGCUGCAAAAUAUAUGUAACUACAUAGUUUUUCAGAAUUUUUCAAGUGGUCUCGGGGUGCUUUUAAGCAGGCUGGAAUCCGAACUGCGGUUUUCAUUUGAAGAUUUGUAGUUCCCGCUUCACUGCAUUUCAAAGCACUUUUUAACACAGUCAUACGCGUAUUGUCCUGUUUCGAACAUGUAUUUGUGAAAAACGCUGAUGUAGUUAUUUUUUUAGCUUGUAUCAUAUAGAUUAUUUGUACAGUGUGGACUGGUCUGCUAGCGUUAUGCAUGCCAGACUGUGCUCACGUUUCUAAAAAUGGCUUUUACUGUGCUUGUCUGGGGCAAUUUUUAGGUCCGCUGUAACUUUUCUAAGUGCAGUUAUGACGGUGAUUUUUACAUUUGGUGUUUGUCACGAUGUUAAUCUAUAGCACAGUAUUGUGGCCUAUGGACCAAACAACUACUACAUGUUUCAAAAACUAUUUGACACUUUUGUGAUGUUUUGUCUCUGAACUUAAAAUGACAUAAUUUGACACAGCUCCAAAAACAAUUGAGAAUAAAUUGACCAUUGUUUGCACAGAAAUAUGUGUUAAAGGUCAACUACACUCUUCUUGUUUGCAGUAAUACUGUAAGCUGGUAAUGUUCGCAACCGUUCUAUUUUUGCGAUUUGGGAGGCAAACACGAACAUUUGAUUCUGAGGAAAAUGGGAAAGGUGUUGAGGAGAAACUUGUCCCGAGUAACAGAGGCCAUGUCAAAGAAUUAGUGAAACAUAAUGUGGUCCACGUGGCUCCUGCCUUUAGUCUCCCUUUAAUAAUUAAAUACAGUUCCCUUUAAAUGUGUAACUUACAGUCGGUCUCAAAAAAAAUCUUAAAUACUGUCAUUGUGAGUGACCCCCCCCCCCCGCCCCCCUAAGACAUACUCAACUGAUGUCAUGAGAAGAAAGUUCCCAAAUUGACACUCUGGGUGGUAGGGCUUUCAUCACGAAAACUGGCAAGCUUAUGGGGCAGGGGAAGUGAAGUGGAAGAGAGUCAGCCACAUGAUCAAGAGGUCGUGGGUUCGACUCCUUGCUGAGUCACUUCUUGGUUCCCCUACUGGUCGAGUUCAAGUGAGCGCCUUCUGGUUGCUCCUUGAAAUUCCUGAUUGAUUUCUGUGGAGACCGGGGUAAUAAUAUGCUAUCCCAAAGCGCUUUCAACAGGGAAACAUGGAAAAGUGCUUUGAUAAGAACUCAAUAUCAUCAUAAAGCUUCCUUUUCCAGGGGGUCAUUUACGUUUCAAGUACGGUUACUUGGAGAUUGACCAAAGAUGGGUUAAAUAACACAAGUAGGUUGUAACAUGUAGUAGUGAGCAGACCAGAGACUUUGGGCUAUUGUGCAAUGUUAAUAGUAUGCAUCUUGCCUUAAGCACCCCGCACACAAGUGAUUUUUCUCACUGCAACCUGCAACAAUUUUUGCUGCGAUGAGCGAUAAACGAUCACUCGUCUGUGGUAAACUGGUAAUUGCUGGUUUGAUAGUAAUCGCAGGUCUGUGCAAUAAAUGAUUAUUGUUGCAGACAUGUGAUUUUUGUUGCGUGUGAUCAUGCAUGAUUGAAGGUCACGGUGACAAAAUUUGCUUGUUUGCUGGGCGCUUCAAAUAGGUACCACUGUAAUUUAUUUAUGAGACAUAAUGUAUAUAUUUUAGUUCAUUGACCCAACACCAGGGAGCUUGUAACUCAGGCAAAUCUGCCUAAAUUUGAAGCCGAGGCCCGCUAUAUGCAAAUGCGUAGCUAUACAGAUGUAGUAUACACAUGUAAAUAUUGAAUGUAGAUUUGAGGAAGUUACCAGAAAAGGAAAAUUUUCUCAGAUAUUUGCUGUAAGUUUUAAUUAAAAGAAAUAGUAAUAUCAUUGAAUCCAAAAUAA